UGGAUGCACAGCUGGCCACAGGUGUCCACACAGCUGAAGACUAUCCAGUCCCGUCUGCACUCAGCCUGUUGGAGGUUACUGACACAGCCAGUGAAAGUACCCAAGCCCCUGAGACCUGGGUCCUGCUCAAGUUCCGACACAGCAAGACUCCUGGACUAGACACUUGAAGAGCCUUAAUAGAAACCAGUCAGAAAUCCCACGGCUUGUGCUCAGAACCCGAACUUCUUCAUGGCCUGUUCAGUGGCAGCACGCGCCGCAGAUGAACUCAUUGAUUUGCUCAUAAACAUACUCGACACAGAAGUUCUGAAGAGCCUGAUAACUGAAGAUGGAGCCUGGGAGGCAUUUGUGAAAGCAGCAGUGUUGUCAAGGGAGGAGGAAGCUGCACUGCAUGAUGCUCUGAAGAAACAUUUAGCACAGGAACCCACAGACAAAAAUGAGAGGCUUGAAAAAGCCCUGCAGAAAAAGAGGUUUUUGGAAGAAUUUCCUCAGUUGAAAAGGAAACUCGAAGGACACAUCAGGGAGCUCCGAGACCUGGCUAACUAUCUUGACAAGGUGCACAAGGACUGCACCAUCUCCAAUGUGGUGUCCAGCUCAACAGGCACUGUCUCUGGAGUCCUGGACAUCCUUGGUUUUGUUCUGGCACCAUUUACAGGGGGGAGCAGUCUGAUGCUCACAGCAGCUUCCUUGGGGCUAGGAGCAGCAGCAAGUGUGACUAGUCUCACCACCACCAUUGUGGAAGAUACAAUCCUACUGAAAACUGGAGCUGAAGCCAAGCGCCUAGUUGGAGUCAGCAAGAGCAUAGUUAAGGAGAUGGGGAAGAUCGUUCCUAAGUUCGCAGUCAAAUUAAUUAGCACAGGUGUGGAUUUAGUCAGUGCGUGGAAAACCCUAGGGCAGCAGAUCCAACACUUUAGGGUGGCCAGAGACAGCUUUCGCUCUGGAACACAGGCCAGGAAUCUCAGAAACUCGACAGCUUUUGAGCAAGUAGGGAAUGCCUUCCCUAACUCUUACCUCACAAUGACCAGAGGAGCCAGGAUUAGAUCAGUAGGCCUUAGCAGUUUGUUCUUAGCAUUGGAUCUGUAUCACCUUGUGACUGACUCAAAGGAUUUGUCCAAAGGGGCUAUAACAGAGUCAGGGGAAGCACUACGCAGCCUGGCUCACCUGCUGGAGGAAAAGUUGCAGGAGUUUGAGCUGAUCCAGAAGGCUCUGCAGUCAGACCUGUGUCAGUGACCCCUCCCCAAAGGAGCUAAGGGUUCAGGGGAGAAGAGCUGGGGAUGGGGAGGCAUAUGGCACAGCUAGAACACAUGGGUUUCUAUUGAGGAGCAGUAUACAGAAUAUGGCUUAGGUUAAUGAUUAAGAAAAACAGUUGAGGCCCAGUAGCCCAUUUAGCUUAAAUUCUUUUAACCUUAAUGUUAGGAGAUGCAUUCAGAGGUUUUGGUUGCAUCAUAGCUGAAACAAAGCUUUGAAGAUAACUUAAGUUUAGACCAGAUGCUUUUGUCAAAAGCUUUGAGGUGAAAAACUCAAGAAGACCAUCUGAAGUUUUAAAAAGGCACAUAGUUGAAUGAAGAGCUCAUUAAGGUCAGCAGAAAAGAACAAAGCAGCUAGUUGCCAUCAGCUGACAUACCUUUCUUGUUAGGCUUGAUGACUGGAGGUGAUGACUAAUUCCUUAUAUCCAUUUCUUUCCCCAAUCUCCUGAUACAAAAGCUGUCGAUAAGUGAGUAUGCACCCUAAAGAUUUAACAUAGAGCUGCCUGAUUAUAUUGUCAAAUAUAAAAGUUUAGAUUUGUGAUUCUCUUAAGAUUGCCUUUUGAUAAGUAAUAAAGUAAUUGGUCCUUUCCUUCUAACUGCAAAACGAAGCCUGUCAGUAGAAGAAUGUCUUGCUUGCUUACACUGUGUAAAUCUGCAACAAGUUGUUUGGGUAUGAAUGUACGUGGGUUCUUGGAGAUAAUUAUACUUUUUGCCUGUAUUAUGUAAAAUGUUUAAUCACAUAAGGGAUAUGGAAAGCAUGCUGUUUCUUACUUGUGUUCAUUGUAAUCAUUCUCUUAAAAACAAAAAAAGGAUGUAAUCACAUUGUAAUUUCUAUAUUGCCUGAAGAUUCUGUUGGGUAUAUAAGCUAAGGAGAAAGAAAGAAUACAGAAUGAGAAAAACUUCAUGAAUAAGAGGAUAAAGAAUAAUAAAGAUAGAAGAAAAACAUCAUCAAGAGAGACAGAAGGGACAUUUCUGAAUAGAGAUAAGGAAAGAAAAUAGAGAAUACAAAAUCAGCAUACAACAGAAUAAUAAAGAAAAGGUCUGAAGGAAACCAUCAAA